AACUAGCUUCCACCAGAGUGGGGGUAAAACUUGGGCAUUUAGCACCACCGGUAACUUCAUGGAUAUCGAUGGCUCUAACUCUUAUAUCAUGUCAGAUACUUCUGUGGCCAAUUCUGAACUAUUCAAGAAUGCACGAGUUUCUCCUACAUCUUUGACUUAUUAUGGAUUUUGCAUGGGAAAUGGAAACUACACAGUAAAUCUACAUUUUUCGGAAAUCAUUUUCACUGAUGAUCAAACAUAUAACAGCCUAGGAAGGCGUAUAUUCGAUAUCUAUAUUCAGGGAGAGUUAGUACAAAAGGACUUCAAUAUUGCAAAAGAAGCCGGAAGAAUUGGUAAGGCAAUCACGAAACCAUUCACUGCUGUUGUAAGUCAUAAUACCUUGGAGAUUCGCUUAUAUUGGGCCGGGAAAGGGACAACUAGUAUACCAUCUAGAGGAGUAUAUGGUCCUCUUAUAUCAGCAAUAACUGUUGAACCAGAUUUUACCCCUCCUUCCGAAAGUGGAAGUAGCAGCAUAUCUGCAGGAGCUGUGGUUGGAAUUGUGGCUGCAGUAGCCAUUGUUAUCAUCCUAUUAUUUGUUAUUCUUCGGCGAAAAGGCUAUUUUGGAAAGAAAAGCUCUUUAGAAAGAGAGGUAAAGGGUUUAGACCUACAAAUGAGUUUAUUUAAUGUAAGACAAAUCAAAGGAGCAACAAAUAACUUUGACAUUGCCAAUAAGAUUGGAGAAGGAGGAUUUGGUCCAGUAUACAAGGGGCGUCUAUCAGAUGGUACAUUGGUAGCAGUCAAGCAACUUUCUGCUAAAUCAAAGCAAGGGAAUCGCGAAUUUUUAAAUGAAAUCGGCAUGAUUUCAGCGUUGAACCACCCUCAUCUUGUUAAACUCUAUGGAUGUUGUGUGGAAGGAGAUCAGUUAAUGUUAAUAUAUGAAUAUUUGGAAAAUAAUAGUCUUGCUCGCGCUUUAUUUGGGGCUGCAGAACACCAAAUAAAAUUGGAUUGGCCAACAAGAUACAAGAUUUGUGUUGGUAUUGCUAGAGGUUUAGCAUAUCUCCAUGAAGAAUCAAGAUUGAAGGUUGUUCAUAGAGACAUCAAGGCAACUAAUGUGUUGCUUGAUAAAGAUCUCAAUCCGAAGAUAUCUGAUUUUGGUUUGGCCAAACUCGAUGAAGAGGAGAACACUCACAUUAGCACUCGAAUCGCCGGGACAUAUGGAUAUAUGGCUCCAGAAUAUGCUAUGCAUGGUUAUUUGACCGACAAAGCAGAUGUCUAUAGUUUUGGAAUCGUCGCCUUGGAAAUCUUACAUGGUAGUAACAAUACCACUCUUCGACAAAAAGGAUCAGAAGCAUUCCAUCUUCUUGAUUGGGCACAUGUCUUGAAAGAGGAAAAUAAUCUAUUAGAGCUAGUUGAUAAAAGAUUGGGUUCAAAUUUCAACAAACAAGAAGCAAUGGUAAUGAUAAAUGUAGCACUAUUAUGCACUAAUGUAACUUCAGCACUUAGGCCAGCAAUGUCUUCCGUGGUAAGCAUGUUAGAAGGUAAAAUUGCUAUUAAAGAACUGAUUUUAGAGUCAAGUGAAGUGUUGGAUGAGAAAAAAAUGGAAGCAAUGAGACAAUAUUAUAAAGACCAUAGUAUAUCAAUGGAAGAAGGACCAUGGACUGCUACAUCUUCUUCAGUAGCUACUGAUCUUUAUCCUGUAGAUUCUUCUUACUUGGAGAAAAGAGUUUAGAGAUUGUGGAAAUAAAUUAUCUUUGUUUUUAUCAAUUAUAUCUUGCCAUGAGUUGGUUUGUACAUUUUUUUUUCUUUCUUUUUUCCUUAUAAAUUAAUUGUAAUACAACUAUGAUUUUUUUGCUCUUAGAGUGUAAUAAAUUUUCUAUUCAAAAUU